UUUUUUCACAUCGAGAGUUCGUUGGAGAUGUUUUUACUGAAACGCUCGACUGAUUUGAUGAACAACAGCAGCAGGAUGAGUUUCCUCCGUCAGUCGAUGAUGGAUUCUGCUCUGCUUUGGACGCUGGUCCUCGCUCUCAGCGGUCUUCAGCUUCAUGCCACCGCCUCCCCGGCCUCCACCGUCCAGGUGAGAGCCGGACAGGACGCCGUGCUGCAGUGCCCCCUGCUGGAUGCCUCCACCACCACCUCCGCCACCACCUCCACCAGGGCCUCCACCCUCAGCUGGUACAGGAAGGCAGCUGGAGGUGGGCCUCAGCUCCUCGUCACCCUCGGGUUCAUGACCGGUUUUGUCCAGAAGUACGGCGACGGCGUCGGUCCUGAGAAAAUCUCGGCUGCCGCCAACGGUUCGCUGACGCUGAGGAACUUGGAUCAGAACGACUCGGCUGAUUAUUACUGUGGGAUCAGCAGAGGCAGCGAGAACAAACCGCUGACCCUCACUAAGAAAUAGGGUCCAGACAUAACUGCUCUUCACCUUUACUUCUUCUGAUCUUUGUAUGAAUCUACAUGGUUUAAUAAAUAAACUCAAGUUUGUCAAA